GUCGUCGUCACUUCCGCCGGAAGUGGCCGCGCAACUCCAUGGUAACGGCGCACGCCUUUCUCGAAUAUUUAGCUACCUAGCCAUUUAGCUAAUGCUAGCUACCUCGAAAACAUAUAGAAAGACAGCAGAAAAUCCUGUAAAGUAUUAUAAGUUAUUAGUAAAUUAGCGAGUCGCUGUUUUUUGCAGGAUAAUGAGUCGCACCCCGGAUGCAAGAGCAAGAGACACGCAGACCAGGCAGAUCCAGGAGGGCAUCACCCAUGUGGAGAAACAUUUUGGGGAGCUGUGCCAGCUUUUUGCAGCGUACGUGCGUAAAACAGCACGACUGAGAGACAAGGCUGACCUGCUGGUCCGAGAGAUUGGCUUCUACGCAGACACGGAGACACCCAAUCUGAAAAAUGGCCUGAAGAAUUUUGCAGAUCAGUUUGCCAAAAUUCAGGACUACAGACAAGCCCAGGUGGAGAGACUUGAUGCCAAAGUGGUCGAGCCACUGAAAGCGUAUGGUACUAUUGUGAAACUGAAAAGGGAGGACCUGAAACUUACUCAGAGCGCCAGGAACCGAGAGGCAAAGCAGAUGCAGCAGCUGGAGAGAACGAGACAGAGGAACCCCUCUGACAGACAGAUCAUUUCACAGGCUGAGAGCGAGCUGCAGCGAGCCACGAUGGACGCCACGCGCACGACUCGCCAACUCGAGGAGACAAUAGACCUGUUUGAAAGGCAGAAGAUUCGAGAUAUCAAGAAAAUCUUCGGGGAGUUUGUAACUGUGGAGAUGGCAUUUCAUGCCAAAGCGUUGGAGGUGUACACUACUGCCUAUCAGCACAUCCAAAAUGUGGAUGAAGAAGCAGAUCUAGAGGUUUUCAGGAGCUCCCUACAUCCCCCUGACUAUCAGUCACGCAUAGAUAUCGUCCGUGCUAAUUCCAAAACAUCUUUAAAUCACACCGGCACAUCUAUGAGUAAAUCAGGGACCUUGCAGUCAAGGACUACAAAAGGACAGAAGAAAGGGGUUGAAGAAGAAGAGGAGGAGGAGGACGGUGAUGAUGAUGAUGAUGAUGAUGACGACGAUGACGAUGAUGAUUUGGAGGACAUUACAGAUGAUGAGAAAUAAUUAACCUGCUUAACUGCUUCUUGUGCCAUAGUAUUUUUUUAAACAGUGUUGCAACUUAAAUUUCUCAAUUGCACAACUGUGUAAUGUGUACUUAAUCAACCAGCAGUAGUUAUUAGCUCUAUUAUUAGUGCCUGUAAAGAUUUGCUGUUUUUAAGUGUUUUAUAUAAAGCAUGUACAGUAAGAUUGGACUUUUUUUUUUUUUACUUUAGAUCAUUUGAAAUGAAACGUUUUUGAUUCUCUAGUGCCAACAGUGAUUAUUUCUGAGUGCAGUGUUAAAGUUUAAAAUUGAUAUGGUGAAUUAAUAUGUGACCAAAUAAACCCCAGUUGUGUUAUUUCUAAA